AUGGAGAAAGCAAUUGAUAAAAUAACAGAUUUAGAAAUAGUACCAAAUAAAGCAAUGGAUAAGACAACAGAUAAAGCGACAGAUGUAGUAAUAAAUAAAGCUACAAAUUUAGUAAUGGAUAUGAGGAUGGAUUCCAUAAGUGAAACUAUAAAUGAAGCAACAAUUAGUGAUGAUGAUACCAAAUUAGAAAUAGGUUAUAAACUAAUUAUUAAAACUUCAGAAGGGAUGGUACCGAACCCAAAUGAUAUCCAAAAUAUAAGAUUAUUUUUAAUAAUAGUGUCACUAUAA